AAAUAUUAGGAGCCGCCCCCUUCAGCGCGACGGAGAUAUUUACCUAAAAUUCUUAAAUCUGAGAAGGAGCUCAGCUGGUAUUUCCUCUUAAACCAUGAAAACACCACGGACUACUCUUGGCCAAAGAAAACUUAAUAAUUAUGUUGAUGAGGGCAUGUACGCAGAGGGCACUCUGGCGCUGAUUCUCCGGCUGUGUAUCUGCGCAGGAGUGGGGCCGCUCCGUGCGAGCCGCGCGCGCGACGGCUGGCGCUUCCACGUAUCCACGCCGCUCGCUGUGCUGCAGGUCGUCGCCUGCACUGUUAUCAAUUUCAUAAUGCUGAUUGGCGUAAUCCUAGAUUUCCACCAACCACCUGGAAAGCGCAUUCGUACGGGCGAGACUGUGCUACAGGCUUUUAUAUGGGUCUCCGAUGUAGUGCUAGUAAUGGUCAUAGCCAGCCUGGUUAUCUAUAGGGGCCCUGCUCAGAUGAAGAGCCUGCAGCGGGUGCUGAACCAGUUACAACAGAUUCAAUUCGAUCUCAGCAUAAAUGGACCGCCCACUAAAACAGAGAAGAUUAAAAGUUUGGCAAUGGUCAUCAUGCUGAUGUGGAUGAUGUCAGUUAUGAUGACGGAUUUUGUUUUACAUACUAUGCGAUCAAGGUCCAGAGAAGGUUCAAUGUGGACGAUAAUGUUGUUCUACGGCGUAUAUUACUUUGCUGAUCUCCAGGGAGCGCUGGCAGUGGUAAAGUGGGCAUGCACAGCGCUAGCUGUGAACGAGGGCGCUACUGCACUCAACUGUCAUCUACAGCGACUACUACAUGGAUCACAAUUUUUGGCCCUCCCGUCGCAAGCGGAGACUCUGAUCCGGCGUCUCGCUCUCUCGCACGAGCGCAUCAGCGACGUGAUGAGACAGAUGAGCGACACCAACGGCCUGUUCCUAAUGAUCGUCCUCAUGUCCACGUUCCUGCGGCUUGUGCUUACUCCGUACUGCAUGCUGAUAGAACGACCCAACUCAGAGGUGUUCGGAGUCACGUUGUCUCUGUUCUGGAGCCUGGUACACGUGACCAUCUUGAUACUGACCAUAGAGCCUUGCCACUGGACGCAUAUACAGCGGCAGAACACUGCGAUUCUGCUAGGCCAGCUGAUCGUCCACCUGGCCCCGAAGUGCGAACGGCUGUCCAAGGAGCUGGACCAGUUCACUAAGCAACUCAUGCUUGGAGACGCCAAGUUCGAUACCCUGGGGGUCUACACCCUGGAUCGACAACUUAUGGCGACGAUUCUAGGCGGGGUCACGACGUACCUGGUGAUUAUAAUACAGUUUCAAACGAUUUCAACACAAAUAUAAUAAAUAUGUUAUGAGUACCUAUUAUAAUUAUUGUAUCGGAAUAAGGAGUUAUAAAAUUGAAUGUGGAACGUGUGUAUUUUAUGAAAUAAAUAAUGUUUGUUAAGUUGUUGUAAUUUUAGAUUUUUUUUUCAAUAUCUAUAAGAAAUGUGGUGGUGGCCGAGUGGAUAUGACGUCCGACUUUCAAUCUGGAGGUCGCGGGUUCAAACCCAGGCUCGUAUCAAUGAGUUUUUCGGAACUUAUGUACGAAAUGUCAUUUGAUAUUUACCACUAGCUUUUCGGUGAAGGAAAACAUCGUGAGGAAACCUGCAUACAUCUGCGAAGAAAUUCAAAGGUGUAUGUGAAGUCCCCAAUCUGCAUUGGGCUAGCGUGGGGACUAUAGCCCGAGCCCUCUCGCACAUGAGAGGAGGCCUGUGCCCAGCAGUGGGACGUAUAUAGGCUGAAUUAUUAUUAUUAUCUAUAAGAAGGGCUUAAACCUGUAAACCCUCUUUUGUUAAAUGCUUCAUGUAAUCAUUAAGGGGUUAAUAAAUACGUUUAAAAGCAGUUAACUGUUAACGGUCCCCAGCAAGCUCGGUUCUCAAUACAAACGUAGAUACACUCUCAUUUUAAAACGACUGGCUAGAUUGCUCUGAAACUUUGUACUUACAAUAAGAUAAGGUAUAUCUAGUCCUGUAAUUAGUUUAUGUAGCUUCCGAUAUUUCAUACAAAACUUAGUUUUGCUCUAUCUCGUUUCUUUUAUAAACUGAAGCUAUAUACCUAUAGACUAUGCGCAAAGUUUUAUUACAAUUCAACAAGUAGUUUUCAAAAGAGAACGAAACUCCGUUUGUAUGGGAAGGUGAAAUUCGGCCGAUUAGAGGAUCAUGAGAAUAUUAAUAAUGUUGACUAUAGUUAGAGGUAUUACAAAUAAUAAUUGUAUCUACAUUUCUGAAGGGUGGCAUCACUCAAUAGGCAUAACAUAUAGGGCCUAGUCAAGAUGAUAAUCGUUGGUAGAAAACGGCAAUCGAAACUUAUAUACUGUAUGGAAGUAAUCACGUGACUUUUCGUG